AAAGUAUUCUUCAUCCAUUUAUUUGUAUAUAUCCUACUUCUCACUUAAAUCUGUACCGUCCAAGCCUUUUCAAGUAGGGGGCAAAACGAAUGGACGGCUACUGUCCGGUGCAUGGGUCUACGCGCGAGAGCACCGGAUGCAGGGAAAGGGUUUUGUGCAUCCCAAUGGGGCUGCGCUGUAUCUUCCCAGGCAAGUGACAAAAUCCAUCCUGUAUCGCUCUUUUCUCUCUCCUCACCUCCAACGUCCAACGAUGUCCGUAGCUAUCUAUAGCACUCCCUCAAUAUGGUGGGAGCGGGUCCCACGCCUCCCCCCACCCCACGAACCCCUCCGCCACCGCAAACUCCGGCGACCAUGGGCCGCCGCCGCCUCUCCUCGGGCUCGUCGUUCCCGGACGAAUCCCUCGACGGCGGCGGGGGCGCCGGCGCGGCGGAGCUGCGGUGGCCCUUCGGGCGCCUCGACUCCAUCGACCGCGACGAGCUCCGCGAGAGCGCCUACGAGGUCUUCUUCACCUCCUGCCGCUCCGCCCCCGGCUUCGGCGGCCGCAACCCCCUCUCCUACUUCCCCGCCUCCGACGCCGCCGGAGGCGGAGGCGGAGCCGCCGUGGAGGGCGGCGGAGGAGGCGGUGGCGCGGGUUCGGGCAUGACGGUGGUGGAUGCGGCCGAUGGGGUCGCCCGCCGCCGCCGGGAAGGUGCGGCAGCGGCCCAUGACCUCCGCCGAGAUCAUGCGGCAGCAGAUGGGGGUCACCGAGCUCAGCGACAACCGUCUCCGGAAAACCCUUAUGCGCUCCCUCGUCGGCCAGAUGGGUAGAAGAGCAGAGACAAUCAUCCUCCCCUUAGAGCUUCUUCGCCAAUUAAAACCGUCCGAGUUUGCCGAUGCGUAUGAAUACCACUUAUGGCAACGCCGCCAGCUGAAGAUUCUAGAAGCAGGCCUAAUCCACCACCCCCUGGUCCCUUUAGACCGGCUCAACCCCGCUGCCCUUCGCUUCCGGGAGAUCAUGAAGUUGAGCGAGCUCAAGCCCAUUGACACGAGCAAGAACUCUGAAUCCAUGCGAGCCCUCAGCAGCUGCGUGCUCGCCCUGGCCUGGCGAAACCCCAAUGGCGCUCCCGUUGAGGUUUGCCAUUGGGCCGACGGCUUCCCUCUCAACAUGCACCUUUAUUUAUCCCUCCUCCGCGCCAUAUUCGACAUUAGGGACGAGACUGUGGUGCUCGACGAGGUUGACGAGCUACUUGAGCUAAUGAAGAAGACAUGGACUGCUUUAGGGAUCAAUAGGAUGAUCCACAAUGUGUGCUUCACCUGGGUCCUUUUUGAACAAUAUGUGGUGACCGGGCAAGUUGAGCCGGACUUGAUUUGUGCGACAUUGGCAAUGUUGGUGGAGGUUGGGAAUGAUGCGAAAAAGGCAGAUAGAGAGCCUGGGUAUGUUAGGGUUUUAUCUGCGACGUUGAAUUCUAUCCAGGCGUGGGCAGAGAGGAAGCUAUUGAACUAUCACGAAGGGUUUGAGAAGGGUGCUGUGGGGAUGAUGGAGAAUGUGUUGUGUUUGGCUCUCUCGACUGCAAAGAUUCUUAGUGAAGAUACCUCAACUUGUUGUGGUACACCGGUCCAUGGCGAGCGUGAUUAUAUGACUCUGAGCAGUUCAUUGUCAGGAAAUCGGGUCGAUCACUAUAUUAGAUCCUCAAUAAAGAAUGCCUUCACCCGGAUAUACGAGAAUGGGAGCGGGAAUGUCGACAGUAUGGUGGUGGAAGUUGACGAGGAUCCAAAUGAGGUCCUCAUGAACUUAGCCAAAGAGAUAGAGGACUUGGCUAUAUCAGAGAAAGAGACCUAUAGCCCCAUACUGAAGAAGUGGCACCCAGUUCCCAGCGCGGUGGCAGCUGUGACCCUCCACAACUGCUUCAGUGUAGUGCUGAAGCAGUAUGUUUCGCGGAUGUCGGGCCUAACGAAUGAGUCGGUUCGCGUGCUCCAGUCAGCCAGCAAGCUCGAGAAGGUUUUGGUCCAUAUGGUCGUGGAGGACUCGGUGGAUUGCGAGGAUGGCGGGAAGGCGAUUGUGAAGGAGAUGAUCCCGUACGAAGUCGACUCUGUCAUUUUGAAUUUGAUGAAGAGUUGGAUCAAUGAGAGGCUGAGGAUUGGACGGGAGUGUGUUAACAGAGCUAAAGAGACUGAGGGUUGGAACCCAAAGUCAAAAUCGGAGCCAUAUGCUCAAUCUGCUGUCGAUCUAAUGAAGCUGGCGAAGGUGACAGCCGACGAAUUCUUUGAGAUCCAAGUGGGCGCCCGUGAAGAACUGGUCCAGGACCUUGCUGACGGCAUCGACAGCCUCGUCCAGGACUACGCCUCCUUUGUCGCUUCAUGUGGGACAAAGCAGAGCUACAUCCCGUCGCUCCCGCCACUGACGCGGUGCAACCAGGACUCGAAACUCCUCCAGCUUUGGAAAAAGGCGGCGCCGCCGUGCCAGGCCGGCAUUGCCGACGGCACCCCCGACCCGUCUGGUGUGGAUGGUGGGGCUAAGCCGAGGCUGAUCAUUUGCAAGUCGACGCGGGCACAGGGCGAGACCCACCACCCACGUCCGAGUACAAGCCGCGGUACGCAGCGGCUAUACGUACGCCUCAACACCCUCCACUACCUCCUUGCCCUCCUCCACUCCAUUGACAAGUCCCUCUCCUUCUUCUCCCGCUCUGCUCUCGGUGUCGGCGGCCCCUCCCCAUCGCCACGCGUCCUCACCCCAAACCCCACCCGCCGCCGUGCUGUCGCUCCAACCCACUUUGAGCACGCCCGUGCCGCCCUCCACUCCGCCAUCCUCCAUGUCGCUGAGCUCUCUGCCUACCGCCUUGUCUUCCUCGACUGUGCGCACUCCUUCUAUGACUACCUCUACCUAGGCGGUGUCGCCGGUGCUCGCGCGCGUCCUACGCUCCGCACACUCAAACAGAACCUUGCAGUGCUUGUCGGUGUCCUCACCGACCGGGCACAGACCCUUGCCGUGCGUGAGGUCAUGAAGGCCUCCUUCGAGGCAUUCCUCAUGGUGCUUCUUGCCGGGGGGAGCGCGCGGGCGUUUGCACGCUCUGACUACACGGCGGUAGCGGAGGACUUCGCAAGCCUGAAGCGGGUGUUCUGUAGCUGCGGGGAGGGGCUGGUAGCAGAGGAGGUGGUGGAGCGGGAGGCUGCAGCAGCAGAGGGGGUGGUGGCGCUCAUGGCGCUGCCGACGGAGAAGCUCGUGGACGAAUUCACCGCGAUGGCAUGCGCUGCCGCAAGCAGCAUCAGCCCAGGGAAGGUGCCGAUGCCGCCUACGACUGGGCGGUGGAGCCGCGCCGAUCCCAACACCGUGCUACGGGUGCUGUGCCACCGCGACGACGAGGUGGCCAACAGGUUCUUGAAAAGAGCCUUUGAACUGCCGAAGAGGAGGUGACAGUUUUAUUUCUUCAACUGGGGAAGAGUCGGCGAAGAGAUUCCAAAGACGUGGAUUCGGUGCCGUUUUUUAUUCGGUGUAUAUUCAUUGGAGAAUUUUUGUGGUAAUAACAUAUACAUACAUGGUAGGGAGAUUUAUCUAUGUGUAUUAGCCAAUUUAAGUCACUGGACUUAAUUAGAGUUUCUACUUUAUACGCAGGGAAGGGUGCAGGGAUAGUGAAGGGUGCAGGGACAGCGGGGAGGGUUUGGGGUUGGCUCUGUUUAUCGGGGUAUGUUAAACUGUUAAUUAAUGAAAAAAAAAAAAAAGUAAUAUCAUGUAA